CGCGCCUGGAGGACUCCCGGACCAACGAUUUACCUUUAGGCUUUCCGCGCUACUCCCUAUUUAGGUAUUUAGUCCCUAAUUUGGAAAGAGUAAAUCGGCCUUUCUUCGGAGGACAAUUUUGUUUCUCGGCGUAUAGAUAUGAACCCAUAAAGGCCAACUUCCCCCAGACAAUUCCGUAGAGUAUUCACAACGCAUCCAUUUGGAACACAUUAGAAGAAAACAAGAAGCGGAAAUAGCCAUGUCGAAACGUCCUUUUACAUUGGCAGAAGGCCAACCAGUUUCAGACCCAUCUGUCAGUACCACACUGCCUGUUUAUGGCAGCGGAGGCAUCACAACACUAGGUGAUACCCUUCUCAUCGAGACUCUUGCGCACUUCAACCGCGAGCGUAUUCCUGAAAGGGUGGUCCAUGCUAAAGCUGCGGGUGCUUGGGGCGAGUUUGAGGUCACCAACGAUAUUUCUUCGCUCACAUCAGCUAAGUUCCUAAACGGUGUUGGCAAGAAAACCCCAGUACUCUUCCGCCUAAGUACCACUGGUGGGGAGAAGGGCAGUGCAGACACAGUCCGAGAUGUGCGAGGCUUUUCUGUCAAGUUUUACACUGAGGAAGGCAAUCACGAUAUUGUAGGAAACCACAUUCCAGUUUUCUUCGUGCGUGAUCCGGUCAGAUUUCCAUCCUUGAACAGAAGCCAUAAAAAGCAUCCUGCUACAAACCGGCCAGAUUGGACUAUGUUCUGGGACUUCCAUGUAAACCAACCGGAGAGUGUUCACGCUUUAAUGCAUCUAUUUGGCUCCCGAGGCAUUCCUGAUUCGAUUCGUCGAGUGACAGGUUUUGGCGUUCAUACUUUUAAGCUGGUUGCAGCCGAUGGCAGAUUCCGGUACUGCAAAUUUCACUUUCGUCCAACUCAGAGCAUUACCCACUUCUCCGGACAAGAGGCCACUCGCCUGGCCGGUGCUAAUGCCGAUUUUCAUAACCAAGAUCUGUGGGACGCCAUUUCGCGUGGCCAAUUUCCAGUCUGGAAAUUGUACGUGCAGGUGAUGGAGCCUGAGCAGGCCGAAACCUACGGCCGUGCUCUUUUUGAUAUCACCAAAGUGUGGCCCCACAAGGACUUUCCCUUGAUUGAGGUUGGUAAAAUGAGUUUAAACAAAAAUCCUGCGAACUAUUUUGCCGAGAUCGAACAAGCAGCAUUCUCACCCUCCAACAUGGUUCCUGGUAUUGCAAUGACACCUGAUCCUAUGCUGCAAGCCCGCAUGUUUGCUUACCCUGACGCUCAACGAUACCGCUUGGGGGUGAACUACACGCAACUUCCUUCAAAUCGCGCAAUCUGCCCUGUUUACGCACCCUUUGAGCGCGAUGGAAUGGCAACAAUGACACGAAAUUAUGGCGGUGAUCCGAAUUACGUGCGCAGUACUUUAAGCCCCGGUUCGCCCAGUCAGAUUAUUUCAGACGUACGACACACUGAACGCAUCGAACGCAACGCUAGCCUCGGCCAGAAUGAGAUUUUGGUUGAUGAUGAGGACUAUAUUCAGCCACGAGAAUUGUGGAAUAAGGUUUUUGAUGAGGCUGAAAAACGGCAGUGGGUUGCAAAUGUCUCGCAAACCUUGGAGGAUGUGCCUGUUCAGUUAAGGGAAGCUGUUACGGCGAUGUUUAGCAAGGUUGACCCUCGAAUUGGUCAACUAAUGGUCUCUAAAGCCAGCACUAACGCGCACCUUUAAUCUGCUUGAAUGUUAUUCCCAGGUAUACUGUAGAAUAAAUUUAGAUAUCUAGACUAGUUACUUCGAAGAAAUUACGAAUCCAUGACUUAAUUGACUA